GCCUGCUCGCCGGCCCGUUCUCGGUGAAAUGGCAGAGGUCAGUCAGAGGCUGGGGAACGGAGUUUACCGGCUGUCCGCUCUCAAAACCGGCCAGAGUCGAGCCGUCUGCACCGGAGGAAGUCCCAGAUGUCUUUUAACAAACUGCGCCUUCGUUUCCGGUGGCGUUAAAGAGGAAUCAGUCCAGAAGCGACGUGCGGUUCAGUCAGCGUCAGGAAGCAGAGCAACACGUCGCAAGUCGGAGAAAGUUUCCACAGUGAGGGAAAGUGGGAGUGAGGAGGAGAAUGGGGCUUUGAUUCCCGCUCCCUCCGGGUUCACCGGGUUCUUAGAAUACAUGGAGAGCCUACAAGCUCACAAAAAUGGUCUUCACCUUUUCCUUCAGAAAAAGCUGCUGCUGCCUUACAGGAUGACACCGUGGACGGGAGGAGCUGCCUCCAUCCACCCUGACACCUUCAGGUUACCUCCGCAGCGGCGAUGUCUCUGCACGUUUGUCUUCAACGUGGGAUCAGUCAGGCUGGGCUGUGGACAUGGACUGAGAUGUCUGAAUCUGCAUCUGGACACUGUGAAAUCAAAUUUCACCACAACUAGAAGCUACAGUUGGAGCUCAGAAGAUACUCCUCUGCUGCACAGGAGCAGGACGGCCUAUUACGACAUCCUCAAAGUGUCUCCCAGUGCCACGCAGUCUCAGAUCAAGACAGCCUACUAUAAGCAGUCCUUCAUCUACCACCCUGACAAAAACCCAGGGAGCAAGGAGGCCACCCAGCAGUUCUCUGAUAUUAGCGAGGCUUACACCGUGCUGGGCAACAUCAGCCUGAGGAGGAAGUAUGACCGGGGCAUCCUGAGCCGGGCGGACAUCCAAAAUGCAGGCAGACCGUCCACCAAGGCGGCUUCCAGCAGGCCCAUGGGCUCCCAGCAAAAGCAUCAACAGAGAGCCAGACAGUACUCCCAAGCUGGAGGGAGGCCCAUAUUUGAUUUUGAUGCCUUUUAUCAGGCUCACUAUGGUGAGCAGCUGCAGAGAGAAAGAGACCUGAGAGCCCGGAAGCAGCGCAUGCAGGAGGACCUGAAGGAGUAUCGGAGCAGAUGGAGGCAGAAGAAAAUGAUGGAGGUGGCUGCGGUGAUGCUGCUGGCCAUGGCAGGGCUAAUUAUUAUCAAUGUCAGCGGGCCUUGAAAUAGAAGCCGUGUCCAGAGACGCCCCUUUCUGGUGCUGCAUUUUAUGACUCUUAGGGGAGGAGGAGGGUGGUGGUGGUGGGGUGCUCUCAGAGAGUGUUUUGCAAAUGGUUGCACAGUUUCUGACAGUUGAAGAGGGUUUUUUUGUUUGCAAAGGAUGGGCUUAUUUUUCAAGUCUCUUGUUGAAAAAACAAACAGUUUUUGCUUUUUACAGUCAUUCCUCCUGUUCAUGCUAGGUGAAGGAAAAAAAGUGAGGCAGAGCUUCAUUUUAAUAGUUCAUAGGGCAUCAAAUCGACCUUUAAACCACGCAUGAUGUGUUUUCAUUGUAAGGGAUGGGGGACAAAAGCCACAGUCGUCCCCUUACCUUCUAAAAUUUGAAGCUAAAAUGAGCCUUCAUCCGUCUCUGUUCAAAGAGGAUGUUCUUUUGAAAGACAGGCUCUUUUGUAGGCAGUUCACUGUUUCGCUAUCUCCCGCAGCUCAGCAUGGAACCACUUUCCAGGGAAACAAAGAGACCGGGUUUUGAAAGUUCAUUUAAAGAGGAUCGCUUAAAUCCCAACAACCAAUGCCUGUAGCCCAGCACACAGAAAUGUUUUAGAUGAUCACUAAGUAGAAAAUGUACGUCAUAAAAGCCGUCCAAGUCAGGCUGUGCAUUGUCCCUCCGAAUGUCAUUUUUUAUAUCUUCAUUGUAAACACUAUGCAACCCAAAACUAAAUCCAUAAUUUCUUCUUUUGUUAGGUGUGAGCACGCCCUUACUGGCCAGCAUAAACACGAGGGAUGAUUAUAGAACGCAAAAGUCGUUUGAAUCAGCGCAGUGUCCUAUUCAGUCUCAUAAGAGAGCAACUAAAUAUUUUCAGUUUCUCGCAUGUAUCAGAGAAAAGAAACAUAAACAAGGAGCGAAGGAUCCAAGGCAUUCACUUCAGUUGGAAACUGCAAACCACACAACAGGAUGUGGAUUUGAAUGUAAGUCAGGAGAUGUCAAACUCGCUGUAGUCACCUACAGACCAGUUUGAUCCUGAGUGGGCUGUAACAGUGAAACCAUCACAUAAUAACCCAACUUUCUUUUAAUUUAAAGAAGUACAAACUUGUUAUAUAAACAUUUACAUUUAAUGAACCGGCUGCCUGUCAGCCUGAGAUCCCUUUUAAAAAGUGCAAUAUCAAUGCAUCUUAUUGCAUGUGUAUUACAGAUCACAGUGGAGCUGCACGAGCACAAAAUCUUCACAUGUAGCUUUUUUUUGCAAGUAAGCAGCCGUCGUAUUUCACUCUUUACGAUUUCAUCUUAUCGACAUCUAGAAAUAAUGUGAAUACAUUUUCUCUCAUCACUGUAGUGAUGUUGGCAUAGACUUGUGCAUUUUGUUGAAAACUUAAAGAUAUUGCUGCUGUUUUUACACUUUGCAAAGCAACCUGUUUGUGUAACAGUUCAUGUCCCCAGGGAACCAUGUUUGACACCCUGACAGACUCCGUGUAUGGGUGAGAAAAUGUUAUAUUUGUUUAAUGUCUUUAUCAUCUUAUUUCUCAUUCUUGUGUUUCAUUUCUUAAAAAUUUAUUCUUCUUCCAAACAUGUUGUGUCCAGCAUAGAUACGGUUUAGUCUUUGCAGCAGCAUUCACAGCAACUGUUCAGCACGCUGUGAAGAUGUUCUCUGUAAACCAGACUUCCUUUAUUUUUUUGGCUGAAGCCAAACGGCUUUUGAUGGCUUAAAUUGAUUUCUGUCCAUCAAAGUUCUGCAUAAAAAUAAGGAUAACUGAACCUUUUCUGCGCAGUAAUGCAAAAUUCCCUCACCGCUCCUUAUAUUCCAAGUCUGUAAUAUGGAAAAUCACUUUUAAAUAAAAAUUUGAAGAUUAUGGAAGUUUCUUUUUGCCACUGAAAAACAAACAUUUUUUUAAAAAUUAUUUUUAAAUUUCAAGUCUUAGAAGUUUGAGUUUGUAAGUUGAAAUUUUGACUUAUAGAUGGCAAUGUCCUUUUUUCUAGUGGUGAAACCAAACUUCCAUAGAAGAUAAGCUGUUAUUAAUGUUAUCCACGUUUUGGCACCUUCCUCCAUGUGUUUAAGUGUGUAUAUGUGUAUUUAUUGUAAAAAAAAGAAAAUAGAUUAUUGUGUG